AGACACGAAAUCUCUGAAACAGUGAUUGGAUUGAAAGAAGCCACAAUAUUUGAAAUUUGGCUCCAUUUCACAGAAAUAUACUCUACAUUUUUUCUCCUCUGCCACUUCCAGGUACACACUCUCUACUCACUGUGAAGAACAAAGGAGACAACCAUGGUAGAAGCUGUACUUCAGACACCCAGCGACAGGGGAAACCCUUCAACCAUGGGUACCAGUCGCAAUGCGCAAAAAAAACGAAAGAGUGGGGGCGAAAGCAGUGUCUGUAGUAGAACCACCUUCAACAAUGAAGCUCUGCUUGCUGCUGCUCUGGAACGUGCAAAAGAGCUUCAAGCUAGCUUAUCUCCUGAAUUCCCAAGCAUUGUUAAGCACAUGCUCCCAUCUCAUGUAACUGGAGGGUUUUGGCUUGGUUUUCCAAAAAAAUUCUGUGACUUGUAUUUGCCUAAGGUUGAUACUCUCAUUGCUUUGGAAGAUGAAAGUAGGGAGAUAUACCAAACCAAAUACCUUGCUGAAAAGAUGGGCUUGAGUGGUGGAUGGAGGGGUUUUUCCAUAGCUCACAACUUACUUGAGCUGGAUGUUCUUGUUUUCCAUUUGAUCCAACCUCACAAGUUUAAGGUGUACAUUGUAAGAUCACAGAAGCCAGAUGAGGUGGAUGGUGCUCUUGGCCUGCUCAAGCUGGAUAAGUGCAAAAAACCAAAGAAUGAACUGGAUAUGGAAAGUAUUGCUGAUUUGCUAUCUCAUUUUUCAGGCGCUAUUCAAGGAAGUGAUCCAGAGAAUAGGAGGGUGAUGUUGGUUUCUAACUCAACUCAAACUGAGCUGCUUGAACAGAAAAGUGAAGAAAUAAGCCUAGAAGAAGCUACUAAUGGGAUUAGAUUAGCAGAAUUUGAUCUCAGGUUUGAAGAAGUGACUGGCAUUGAGAAUUUCAACAUCAUGAUAAAUCGCUGGGUUCUGGAUUCAAUGUUCACUGAACACCGUCGGGCCAAGUAUUAUGAGCUCUGUCGCAGCCAGAGAUGUUUUCUUCAUAAGAACCUUCUUCCGGGUCUUAACUUCGACAUGGUGGCUGGAAUGAUUAAGAAGACUAUUGACAUUGCUGAGGCCAUUGAAGUUAGCAAGAUCACAAUCCCUGUGGACCAUUUAGUUACAUGGAACAAAAUAUUGAAAGGCUUAGAGUUCUUGGGGAUGAAUGUGAGAUUUUUGCGGACUAGGCUUGACAAGCUGAUGAAACUAGCCUUGAAACUGAAGAGGUACAAAGAUGCAAGGCUUGAACGUCUCCAAGCUAAGGAGGAGCUGGAAGCAAUAGAAGAGAUUGCUUCGGAAGUGAAAAAGACCAUAAAGAAACUUGAUGAAGAGAUUGCAAUGCAGGAGAGCCCUGAGAAGGUGGAGGCUAUGUUUGAAGAACUGGCUAAUGCUCCUUGGUGAUGUUGUGUUGUGUCCUAGUACACUGCUGCUUCUCUUCUCAGCUUGGACAUAAGUUUCAAUAUAUGAUAUUAUAGACAAAGAAAAAGAAAUAUUUUUGUAUUUUGGAUUGGGAACAUAAAAGAGCUUUGAACUUCCUUUACAACUAGACAAUCGUUCUGUUAUUUUGUGAAGCUAUGACUUCUAAGUAUCUUUUUGUAUAUUUUGUUACAUCUGUGUACUGAUGUGGAUUUCAGGAUUUGGGAUUGUGACUAUUAUUUAUAAGUAGGGAAAC